AUGAAUGCAAAACUAGAUAAUGAUAAUGAUGGUUUUAGGGAAUGCAUGGGUGUCCAUGGUGUAGAGGAGAUGAAUGAUAAUGGUGUUCGACUUGCCAGUUUUUGUUUAGCUAAUGAAUUGAUAACAAGCAACACACUAUCUCGACGGGGAGCUGAUAUAGGAAGCGACCACCAACUUGUCUCAACACUUAGACACAAGUUGAAGACCAGGAAAGCUAAUAUAGACCUACCUCCCAGAUAUGACAUUGAAAAGCUAAGACAACAAAGUAGUGAAAACGAUGAUUACGUUAUAGAAUGCAGGAACAGAUUUACAGUCUUAGAGAUGCUACCUGAUGAAGAAGUAGAGAUGGAUGUGAACAUUCAUUGUAAAAAAGUAGAAGAAAUCUUUCAGGAAUCUGCCAACAUCACAAUCGGAGAGGGAAUUGGAGCAAGAAGAAAGAAAUGGAAGAGUUGUGAAACAUGGAAAUUGAUAGGGAAAAGAAGAAUGGCAAAACUCAACUUCGAAUCAUUAAAGGAAAACAGCCCACAUCUGACCUUAUUACGAAAUGAAUAUAUGAGCCUUGAUAGUGAAGUAAAGAGAUGCUGUAGUAGAGACAAAAGAAGGUUCAUAGAUUCUACUACGGAUAAGACAGAACAUAAUCUAAAUAGAGGAGAUGGAAGAAGUAUAAGAUUUGCAUGUGAGGGUAUUCGAGAAAUCACUGGAAAGAAGAGGAAUAGAGGUGAGUUACCUGUCAGAGAUAUAAUGGAAAUCUUCUUACCAAGGAAUCUGAAAUUAGAGCUAGAUGGAAAGAACAUUUUGAAAAAACACUAA